AUGCUUCAACAAGACGAAGGAGUUGUACAGCAAACUCGCGCUGGCAAGCCUCCGCCGAACAGCAGCACAGACGAGGAAUCCGACCUAGAAGAGUUCAAAGAGAUAUCUCCCGAGGCUAUCACGGUUGUCGCAGUGAAGUACAGUCUCGAUGAAGAAUUCCGGUGUCGUUGUAUGGCCGCAGGUCCACAGAAAUACAUCUAUUCUUUUGGUCGCAUAGGGAGUCACAGUCUUGUUAUUGCUCGACCCUCUCAAAUGGGCACUGUGAGCGCCGCCCAGUGUGCUGCAACUGUUAGUCAGCAGUUUCCCAACGUACGCUUUGCAAUGAUGGUCGGCAUUGGUGCUGGCAUCCCCAACCCUCCCAGUCGUGACAUUCGUCUCGGCGAUAUCACUGUUAGCAUCCCCAAGGACAAUCAUCCGGGUGUUAUACAAUAUGAUUUCGGAAAAUAUGAGGUAGAUGGCUUCGUUCUUAAAGGGUCUCUCAACAAACCCCCGUCGAUUUUGAUCAGUGCAGACGGCUCAUUGGAAGAAGACGAAAUGAUGGACCGAAGUCCGCUCCGGAAGAUUUUAAGGAGUAUCACAAAAAAGCCUGGAUUUGAGCGACCAGACACUGGCGAUAAUCUAUUCAGGGAAGAUUUUCACCAUGUCGAGAAAGGUAGAGACUGUACCGAAUGUCUUGCACCCGGCACUGCAAAACUCGUUCUUCGUCCAACACGUCGUCGAAAGGAUCCUGUGGUCCAUCGUGGCCUUAUCCUUUCAGGGAGUGGUGUGGUCAAAAACCCUCAGGAUCGGUAUCGCCUAUGCCGGAAUUAUAAUAAUGCGAUUUGCUUCGAAAUGGAGGCUGCCGGCAUUAUGGAUGAAGUCCCUUGCUUAGUAGUCCGAGGAAUAUGUGAUUAUGCAGAUACACAUAAGCAGGAUGGAUGGCAUUACUUCGCUGCAGCGACUGCAGCCUCUUAUUGCAAAGCUGUGCUUUGCAAGUUUGAUAACAAAUCACUAGAGGGAAUAAGCGACAUGAGGGACUCUAUCAGCAAAAGGAUAGCGAUAGUACAAGAAAGUCAGCUUAACAUCCAAAGCGCGGUAGAAGAGAUAGGUGAAAAGAAAGAUCUAGCACGCCUUCCAAUUGCUAAGGGUGCUGCGCUCGACUCCUAUGAGAACCAGCAUUCACAAUGCCUUCCAGGGACAAGAGUUGAGCUUCUUCAGCAAAUUCAACAGUGGGCAGCAUCAACGGAAGGAAAAUGCAUAUUCUGGUUACAAGGCAUGGCAGGUACCGGGAAGUCGACCGUCGCCCGAACUGUAGCCAACGACAUCGGGAACAAAUCAUUCCUCAGAGCAAGCUUCUCUUUUACACGAGGCGAGCAAGAUCGACAAAAUGGCAAACGGCUGUUUCCAACGCUCAUACAGCAACUUCUGACCGUCAUCCCUGGACUGAUCCCUGCGGUGAGGCAGGCAAUUCAAGAUGACCCUCAAAUUUCCGAAAAACCGCUCCAAAUACAGUUCGAGAAGCUACUGUUCCGUCCCAUUCUUGGCUUAAGCCUGGAUUGGAUUAGAAAUGUGAUUAUUGUACUUGAUGCGUUGGACGAAUGUGAAAAUGAAAACGAUAUAAAGCUUAUCCUUCAACUCUUGCCAAAGCUUCAGCAGGCAAAAGCUCUCAAGCUACGUUUUUUUAUCACCAGCAGACCAGAAAUACCUAUCAAACUGGGCUUCCAGGCCAUUGCCGAUCAACAUAAGUAUAUUGUUCUUCAUGAAAUACCCGAAGUGGUGAUCAAGCAUGAUAUCCUCUUGUUUUUAGAGCACAGAUUUUCGAAAAUAAGGCAGGAAUCCUUGCUCAGAGGACGGGCCCUUCCGCCGAAUUGGCCGGGAAAGGAUACUAUCCAGUCAAUAGCUACACUGUCAGUUCCCUUAUUUAUUUUCGCGGCGACCCUGUGUCGUUUCGUUGGGGACAAGAGAUGGACCCCAGAAAAGCGACUCGCAGCAAUAUUCGAGGACCCAGCUAUGCUCUCCGCAUCUGAGAUGGAAAGGGUAUAUUUGCCCAUCCUUAAUCAGGUUAUUUCCGGUCAAACUAAAAGAGAAGAAAAGCAGCUGGUUCAAGAAUUCCAGGCAAUAGUUGGCGCUAUCGUACUGCUGGCCUCCCCGCUUUCAGUCAAUGCACUUGAACAGCUUCUUAAUAUUCCUCGGAAUGACAUAAACAAUCGACUGGAUACAUUUCACUCUGUUCUUGAAAUACCGAGAUCUCCAGAAAUGCCUGUGAAACUGCUACACGUAUCAUUCAGAGAUUUUCUUCUUGAUCCUGACAUUAAAGCAAAAAGUCCAUUUUGGGUGAAUGAGAAAGAAAUGCAUGAAACAAUAACUUUCAAGUGUUUGAAGAUAAUGCAGCGUUUGAAGUUCAAUAUCUGCAACUUACGAACCCUCGGUACAGAGCUCGCAGAUAUUAACCCGCAAUCUAUCCAGCGCUAUAUCAGUCCAGGGUUACAAUAUGCCUGUCAAUACUGGGCAUAUCAUUUGACGAGGACCACUGACCCAGUCGUUCUAAUGAAGGAAGCUUUCCUAUUUCUAUCUAAAUAUCUUCUACCAUGGUUAGAAGCAAUGGCUUUUCUAGGUGUUCUAUCUAAAGCCCUGCAGAUGAUUGAUAUGUUGCAAACCAUUCUUCAGGUGAGGCCAUCUCCAGUACUGAUAUAG